UUCUAUGGUCAUAAGUCGGUAACUGUCGUGAAUUUUAACCUCAAAAUAUUGAAGAAAAAUAACUAAUUUCAUUUGAAUAUAAUCAAAGAUUGGGGACUUUUUACAAUCUUUGAAUAUAGUAGGAUAUAUUUUGAGCAUAUUUCUAUUUAUUAUAUAUUAAAUGGCACAAGAACCGGGAAGGCGAGUAUGGAUGAUUGUCUUGAAAAAUUUUAUCGAUUCUUUCAAGCCCAGACAACUUAGAGGCACCCUCAAAGGUACAGAUUAUAUGGGCAAUAAAUAUUUCGAGAUCCCGAAAAGUUCCAAUAAGCAAAGAAAUUCCAGAUGGUUCCAGCCGACAGAGAAAGACAAUUUCACACAGGAGGUACCAGCAGAAUGGGAAGCCUGGUUGAGGGGGCGACGACGUGAACCUCCAACCGAAGAAGAAGUGUUGAAGAACUUGGCUGUGAUGAAGUUGAAGCAGAAGAAUGCCGUAGCUGUGGAAGCUAAAGCCGGAAAGAAAACGCCUAUGCAGAAGGGAAUAGAAACCUUCCCUUCUUACUCAGAAUAUGAGAGUGUACCUGGCAGAGGUCCCAAGGAUCCCAAGUGAAAACUAAUCGUUUGUACACAAUUGCUUGAAAGUUGGCUAUUAUAGGGAAUUUAAUUAUUGUAAAUAUAUUUUAGCUGUA